UCUUCUUAAGUAUCUUCCCCCAACAUUUUACUCUAAACGCAUGGAAAGUAUCAUCAACAACAACAACUUAUAUCCCCACGUCUCUCUCUCUUUGCCCUCAUCACUUGCUCUCCCAAUAUCAUCACCACUUCCAUGGAAGACCAAUCACCAAAGCCACCGCCAGUACCGGUCAAGAGCUACAAGUUAACAGCCUCUUCAAUCUCCUACACUAAAUCAACCGCCGGCUCCAUUAAUCCCAUUGCACCGCUGAUCUUCCUCUUCAAACCCUGCACCACAACUCCUCCCACAUACAUCCUCCGUGAUGUCUCUCUCACCGCCUAUCCAUCUCAAAUCCUGGCCAUUGUUGGUCCCAGCGGAGCCGGUAAAUCUACUCUCCUUGACAUCUUAGCCGCCCGAACUUCACCCACAAACGGCACUCUGCUUCUCAACUCUUCCCCUUUCAACCCUUCCACAUUCCGCAAACUCUCCGCCUAUGUCCCCCAGCACGAUGCAUGCCUUCCAUUACUCACCGUCUCCGAGACCUUCGCCUUUGCUGCUCGCCUUCUGGUCCCUAAAUCAUCCGAUAUUACAGCCAUUAUCUCCUCUCUUCUCGCCGAGCUUAGGCUAGAACAUUUAUCAAACACCCGGCUGGCACAUGGCCUGUCGGGUGGCGAACGUAGACGAGUCUCAAUAGGCAUAAGCCUUCUCCACGACCCAGCAGUUUUGCUUCUCGACGAGCCCACUUCAGGCCUCGACAGCUCGUCGGCCUUCAACGUAAUGCAAACGCUUAAAUCGAUAGCCACUUCGCGUCACCGCACUGUGAUUUUGUCGAUACACCAACCGAGCUUCAAGAUCCUCUCUACAAUUGAUAGAAUCAUGCUGCUAUCAAAAGGGACGGUGGUGCACCAUGGCACACUUUCUUCACUGCAGACAUUCUUGGUCUCAAACGGCUUCACUGUCCCUCCACAGCUCAAUGCAUUAGAAUACGCCAUGGAAAUGCUAAACCAGCUGAAUGAGCUUAAGCCCAUCACACCCCCUCCAUCACCAAAUAUCUCCACAGCCUCUCCUUGUGAGAAUGAAGGAAAAAGAAUAAGAUACAAGAGCUCUAGAGUCCAUGAGAUCCUCACCCUUUAUAACAGAUUUUGGAAAAUCGUUUACAGAACCAAACAGCUCCUUUUAACAAACACAUUGGAAGCGCUUGUUGUGGGUCUGGUUCUUGGAACCAUUUACAUUAAUAUUGGUUUUGACAAGCAAGGCAUCGAAAAGAGGUUCGGUCUCUUCGCUUUCACUCUCACCUUCCUUCUCUCUUCCACAACUGAAACCCUCCCAAUCUUCAUCAAUGAAAGGCCAAUAAUUCUGAGAGAAACUUCAAGUGGGGUUUAUAGACUCUCGUCUUAUCUAAUGGCUAACACCCUUGUUUUCUUGCCUUAUUUGCUCGCAAUAGCAAUCAUAUAUUCGAGCUCGGUCUACUUCUUGGUGGGUCUUUGUGCUUCAUGGCAAGCUUUUUCCUACUUCGUAUUGGUCAUAUGGGUCGUAGUUUUAAUGGCAAACUCAUUCGUGCUCUUUUUGAGCUCCCUUGCUCCAAACUACAUCGCUGGCACUUCCCUCGUGACUAUACUUUUGGGGGCUUUCUUUCUCUUCUCAGGCUACUUCAUCUCCUCAGAUGGUUUACCCAAGUACUGGCUUUUCAUGCACUUCCUCUCAAUGUAUAAGUACGCGCUUGACGCCCUCCUCAUCAAUGAGUAUUCUUGCCUCGUCUCAAGGUGUUUGAUAUGGUACGAGGAGAACAAAGAGUGCAUGGUGACUGGAGCCGAUGUUUUGCAGAAGAGAGGGCUCCAUGAGAGGCAGAAAUGGACAAAUAUUUACAUCUUGGUUGGUUUCUUUGUGUUUUAUCGCGUGCUCUGCUUGCUGGUUUUGAUCCGAAGGGUUUCAAGAUCAAAAAGAUGAGUACGCCAUAUAUAUGCAUGUUAUUGUGAAAGGGUCAAGACGCAUUUCCACUUCACAAAAGACUCAAAUUCAGGUGAACAGAACUCCUAUUCAAGCUUGAGCUGUCUUUCUAUUAAACUCGACUACACGAGAAACAUGAUGAAAGUGAAAUGACAGAGAAUAAAAACAAUUGGGAUCCAAUUUUUUGACAAGAUUAAAGAUUUUUUUGUUCGGUUCUCGAUCUGCCUAAAGAUUUCGAAUGAAUAACAUUUUCCUCGGUGAAAUAUGUCUCAUCAUAUGGCCUAUCCUAAAAUCUAUAAAUUUUCAAGCCUUCUUGUUAUAAAAGUAUAUAAGCUAAUUAAUUUUAAGAAGAAAAAAAAAAUAGUGAUUCAUGAUUAGGUGGGCUCCAAUCUACGUGUCAGGCAGUGGGGCUGACGUAGAAAGUGUUUUGGGCAUGAUCAUCUUCUGAGUGUUUACUAAGAAGAAAGCGAGUCACGGGUGUUUUAGAUAUGGAUGGAUGGAUGUAGAGAGAGAAAGGGAGAGAGAGAGCAUGUAAUAAUUGAAGGAGUUGGGCUUCUUGAAAAGCGGUCUGUCGGGUGGGGAAAUGCCACAAUUCAAGUUUGUUUUGUUGCUUAAACUUGAAUCAGUGCCACACUCACGGGUUUCUCUUUUAGCAGUCACCCGUGAACCCACUGUGGGGUUGCCUUCGAUCGCCCCCUGCGGCCUAUCUAUCCCCCCCACCCCAUGCUGGACAAACUAUUGAAGCUUUUUUUUAUUUAUUUUUUAUUUAGGUUAAGUAUUUUAUACGUUUUUUUCACGAAUUUAAUAUGAGUUUAAUUAAUACAAAAUGAAUGAAUUAUGAUUGAAUGAUCUAAUCUGUUUAAUUAUAUGGGUCAAGUUAAGAUUUUUAUAUACAUGCAUCUCAACAUGACUCAAAUUCAACACACAAACAAAAAUUACCACCCCUACAGUGACACGCAUAGCCAAUUUCCACUACAUGGGUGGUAGUAUGUAACUUUCUCCCCUUCAUUACAAAGAAGAAAAGGGGAAGAUGAGUGUAAUAGUCUGAUAGGAAUGAAGGGGUAGAGAAUCAACUAUUUUAAAGAUAAAUAUUAAUUUAAUAAAUUAAAUUGAAAG